GGCGAUGUUUGCGGAAAGAACCACAAAAGGCGGUACAAAACACAUUGACAGCAGCUAAAUUUUAUUUCCUUCCAUAAAACAAAUAAAAAGCUUUUAACAAACAUUAAUAACAACAAACAUCAGGCUAGAGAAUCAACAGGCAACAGGUGCGACAAUGGAAGCCGCAACCGCUGUUGCGGAUUCCGCGCUGUCGCCCAUUAACAAACGCAACUUGGCAAAAUGUCGAGCGUGUCUAUCUGUGAAUCGAAAAACGGUGAAGUUAGACGCCGAAAUGCCAAAUCUGCAAAAGUCGCGCACCUAUGGCCAGAGUCUAAGUCAGUGCACCAACCUUGAAAUGAGGGCAGUUAGCCCCGGCGGCUACCAGUGGCCCAUGCAGAUCUGUGUGCGGUGUUGCCGCGCCCUUGAGGUGGCGAUGCACUUUGUGGAAAUGGCUCUCGCGUCCAAUCAGAAGCUGUAUGCCGAAGCUAAAACGGUGAAACUGCCCAGUCCCCCAGGAGAGCUCAAGCGGAAGGCUAGCUCCGAGACGCUUCGGUGGAAUCAGUUCAGUCAAGAGUUUGACAAAUUUGUGGAGAGCUACGAUGGUGUGCCAGGACCAAUUGAGGAGAAUGUACUGUAUAUGAGAGGUGCCAAGAUUCCGCGUCUGGAUACGGAUGUUGCGGCCAAGAAGCCCCCAAAAGAGGAUGAUGUGAUUCUGUUUGAUGUCAAAUAUGACAACAACGAUCUGGAGGAGGAGGACGAGAAUGACGGCUCGGACGCCAAGAACAAUGAGACCUUCUUUGAGAAUAGUAUUACGAAUAGUAUGGGCUCCCCAUUGGCAGGCAAUCCUCAGGCAAUCAAAUCCGCGAGCAGCCAAAGUGGCGAGAAUAAUAACAAUUACAAAUUUAAUUUCAACAACAACAAAAACGGCGACCUGUCCAGCUUCCCCGAUGUCGAGUGCGAUCUUAUACAACGUGCUCUGUACAUGACACUGAACGAUGCAGAUGCAGGUGCUGAUGCCGAUGAGAGCAACAAGAAUAGCGCGGCGCAGGAAGAAGAGCAGGCCAUUGAGUCCAUUAAAGACCUACUGCUAAAUGAGAGUGAGAGUGUGGGCUCCCUUCAGGGGUCUUCGACGAGCAGGAAAGACAGCCCCGACAUACCCAUUCUGAGCUGCAAUAUGUGCAAGUAUGCGCACACUGAUGCGAAACAGAUCAGGAGUCAUUAUAUCAGCAUUCACAAGAUCGAUAUGGCCGAAGAUGAUAUCAUUGGAUUGACCAAGAAUCAAAGCUUCAAGUGUCGUCCCUGCAAUAGUUACGACACGAAGAACCGGCAGGAAAUGCAAAAACAUCUGAUUCAUCAUCAUAAGAUCGAUGGGGAUUUUGAAAUGUACUGCUAUGUGCAGCAGAACUGUCCAGCCUGUCCCCGGGUCUUCAAAGAUCAGAGAUCAGCCCGAACUCAUUACACAAGGAUGCACACUCAGGCGGCUCGCGACCUACCCGAAUCGCACACAUGUGGGGCCUGCGGUAAAGUUUUCAACCAAAAGGCCAGCCUGCAGGCGCACCAACGAUUCUGCCAGGUGAAGGACCCCGUCCAGUGCACCUUCUGCGAGCAGAAAUUCAGCAGCCUGCGCAAGUACGAGAUCCAUUUGCAGCAGCUACAUUCAGUGGACACGCUGCAUGCAUGCGAAAUUUGUCACAAGAUUUUCAAGAGUGCCGACUUUCUGGCCGUGCACCGCAAGCGGCACUCAGAACGGCAUUACCAGUGCGACAAGUGCGCACUGAACUACAUAAACGCGGCCGAGCUCCGUGUGCACUACGAGCGCGCCCAUGUUAACGACGAACAGGUCAGCUGCCUCAUUUGUGGCAGUCAGUUUCAAAACUUUGCUUUGAUGCGCGAGCACGAGAACAGGAGCCACCAGAAGCAGGUUUGGCGCUGCGAGAAGUGCAACUUUGAGACCACAUCGCGGGCUCGCAUGCGCCAGCAUCAGUUCGAGCACACCGCCUAUCCCUACAAAUGUGGACACUGCCCCGAGGAGUUUGCCGAUCGCAAAAAAAUCCGACUACAUUCCAAAAAGGUGCACUGCAUCGAGCUAAGCGAUGAGGAGCUGGCCGAGAUGUUUCGCGAGCGGAUUGGCUAUACAAAUCGGCACGAUGCCUUUAGCAAGAACAAUACCUCACUUGAAAUUCCAGGAUUCAGCGAAGAAUGCUUCAGUGAGCUGAAGAGCCUGGGGGUUGACUACGACGACAUUACAACAGAUCUCUUCUCGAAUUCCACCACUUUGGACGAACUGCUCGACUUGGUUCCCUGAACGGAGGACCGAUCCAUUUACCUGCAUAGAAGUUAAGCGAUGAACCUGAAGCAUCAAACAAAAAGAAUAGCUAACGAGAGCUAGAAGACUGUAUCCAAUUUACACCACACCAACAAUCGACCGACCGACCGACAAAAAUUUCCAUUAACUAUUUUGCUCAGAGAACUCAGACCGACCCUGCUGCUGGUAUUUACAU